GCUUCUGCUGAUGAAUCACAUGAACCUUGCCGGGCUGGCGCGGGCAGAGCGCGAAGACGUCUAUGACGUCUGUUCUACGUACUCCACCCGAGCCAGUAGACCGGUAGGCACAACUGAGCCGUCGAACAUUGAAGAUAGGACUGACAUCAGAAUUCUGUUAUAAUUAGUUAUAUACGACCCAAAAAGAUGGUGGGGAACAACGCCUAAAAGCGAUGGCCUCCAACCUAAAAGCGGAACAAACUUAGAACCAAGUUGGAUGAACUUCUUCAGCAAAGAACUCGGCAACCCUCCGUUGCGAUGUUUUCGCUUGAGGGAAUGAACAAAACAACAACUACCCCCCAGAGAAGAUAAAACCAUCCUGCAAAGGACAAAGUUCUGAAUUUGCACAACUUCUGUCAUGUUCCAUCAUGCUCCAUCCACCUGGCUCCUCCAAAGUACCUUAGAAACUGUAGGACAUGACCCUACAAACCAAAUAGCUCGAUCUGUACCCAUUUUCUGAGGUGUGACCUUAGACUCCAUCCACCAUGAGGAACUCCAUCCGAGCAUUCGCCCUUUUGAUCUCUUUCGAUCUCUUUCGUGUUUUCAGGAUCGCCUGUGGAUGGUGGGCCUUUGGGCAUUUGUGGGGCCAAUCGAUGGGUUGGUCCACGGUGUUCAAUGUGGAGGACCGUGAAUUUCUCUACAGGUACACGACCAGCCUCCAUUGGGCAUUGAGCCAGUUGGGAGUGAGUUCUACUCAGAUCGAGGCCACCAACACGACUGAGCGGAUCUACAGCAUCUUCGUGGCCUUUGUGAGUUUGAUCACCUUUUCGACCAUGGUGAGCUCCAUGACAUCGAUGAUGGGUACCUGGUACAAGGAGAAGGAAGAGGAGAGGAAACAGUUCUCCUCGCUCCAACGUUACUUGCGGCACAACGCGAUCCCACCGGCACUCUCGCAGCGCGUGACGCAUUUCCUGCAGCACGCCGCCUCCGAGCGCAAGGCCAUGGUGUCGGAUUCACAUGUGGAAUUGCUGGACCUCUUGUCCAAGCCUUUGAGGGGCGAGUUGCAGCUGGAGAAGUACCGCGGUAGCAUGGUGCGGAUGGACUUUGUUGCGGCCUUACUACACAGUGACAGUGUGCAGAUCCUGGAUGUGAUGCAACUGCUGGCGACGGGCGCCAUCAGCAAUACCACCUUGGGAACCAAGGAUGUGGUCUUUCGCUUUGGCAUGGAAGCUUUGUCAUGCUAUUUACCCGUCUCCGGGUCUUUAAGUUACUUGCAGGAAAGCCAGGAGCACAUCCCUUGUGUGAAGUGGGCGGCAGAGAUGUGCUUGUGGACUGAAUGGUACUACGUGGGCGAUUUGGUGGCCGACUCCGUCUCCCAACUGUUGGUUCUUGACAUGGAGAGCUUUUGCGAGACCCUCUCAGGCAGCCGCGUCACACAGAAGUUGGGCACCACCUACGCCCGGGAGUAUGUCACUGCCCUACACAUAGAGGAAACUUGGUCGGAUUUGUGGCAUUUGGAUCGACAACCAGAAGUGCAAGACCUCUGGCGCGGUCGAGGUCAGAGUCCAGAGCUCAUCUUCAAUACCUUCCAAAGAGCUCGUACGCCAGGACGUGCCCACAGCAACGGGGGACGCAUGGGAACGCGUUUAGGCACCUUCACACGAGCAAUCGUGCCCAUCGACUAAGUACCUCUUUGAGUUCGGGCGACCUCGAAGUUUGGCGACGUGGCCGACGCGACCGUGGCGUUGGGCGCAACGCUGAGUUGGGACGUCCAGAUUUUCACAUGCCGUGUUUUUGUUUUGGAAACAUGGCAAGAGAGUCUGGAGCCGAAAUGGCUUGUACCGAGUGAAAUGAGACGACUGCACCCUUUUGAGUUUUUCAGAGGCUUCGGCUUCAGGUGUUUAUCGCCGCAGGGCCAUGGGCCUGGAGUUCUUUGGAAGACACCAGACCAGGUCGCUCGAUGAUCGAACCCACUCGCGCGGUUUGUAAACCGUCCCAUGUGGGACAUUGAUGAAUUUGCUCGAAUGGAGUUGGCCGAAUUGGUUACUGACC